GUCUGUCUCAGUGGGUGUGUAGUUUAGCCUGAAGGGAGUGUCUAGUUCCUUUCUCCAGGUGGGUUGUGGUCUCUCUCUGGGGAGGCUCUGUGCCGUUGGGUGGAGGUGGAGUUUGGUUUCAGGUGAACGAAACUGAAGACAAGAAGAGAAGUAAGGGAGAGAGCGGGUGGUAUCCCCUGUCAGGAUGUUCCGUAAUUCCAGGAGGAGACGGUCUCAGGGUUCAGAGGUCAACCUGACAGGCCAAGGGCAACCAUGCCAUUCCUGUGGAGAGCGCUGCCCUGGGUUCCUUGCACACAGGUGGAGGAAGAUCUGCCAACAUUGUCAAUGUCCAUGGGAAGAACAUGGCCAUACCGCAUCCAAUCAAGAUUUGGAACGCUCCCUAUGUCGCCUGGUGUCAGGUUCUCAGAGGGACUCUUUGUGUGACAGCAGCUCUGACAGCUCCGUGGAAAAAUAUUCAUGGGUCCCCUCUGGACUGAACCCUGUUCAGGUUCAUCAGUUCUUCAAGUGUUUCCCAGAGAAGAAGAUUCCCUUUAUCAACAGUCCUGGGGAGAAGUAUAGGUUGAAGCAACUUCUCCGUCAGCUGCCCCCACACGAUAGCGAAGCCCGGUACUGCUGCUCUUUGCAGGGAGAGGAAGAGGAGGAGCUGCUGUUACUCUUCAGUCAGAAACGGAGACUUGAGAACCUGGGUCGUGGGUGUGUGCGUCCGGUCUCCGGAACCAUGAGUGGAACAGUUUGUCAGCAGUGCGGGCAUCAGAUAAGCGUGGGUGACGUGGCAGUGUUUGCGUCCCGGGCAGGACUGGGUUUCUGCUGGCACCCACAGUGCUUCACCUGUGCCCAGUGCUUGGAGCUUCUAUGUGACCUCAUCUACUUCUACCAAGAUGGCAAAGUAUAUUGUGGCCGCCACCAUGCCGAGCUUAAGCGACCCAGAUGCUUGGCAUGCGAUGAGGUGAUAUUCUCUCUGGAGUGCACUGAGGCAGAGGGUUUCCACUGGCAUACAAGACACUUCUGCUGCUUUGAGUGUGAGUGCCCACUUGGGGGACAGCGUUAUAUAAUGAAGGACCAACGCCCAUUCUGCUGUUCUUGCUACGAGAGACUUUACGCCCAGUACUGUGAUAGCUGUGGGGAAUGCAUUGGUAUAGAUGAAGGACAGCUAACCUAUGGAGGACAACACUGGCAUGCUUCCGAGAGUUGCUUCCGCUGCGGCAGGUGUGGAGUAUGCCUGUUGGGUAGACCUUUCUUACCUCGCCAUGGACAAAUUUACUGCUCCCGGAGCUGCAGUGUGUUAAACGCCACUCCUGAAAUUUCUUUCAGCCCCUCACAGACGGAUUUAUCUUUCCAGAAAGAAACCAAAGAUGUGGGCACUUCCACUAACCAUGAACUAGAUGGAGAUAGUAUUAAUGACUGCACGUUAUCCGGCAGCAGAAGGUCUUUGUCUGUAAUCGACCAGACGCCGAUAUCUCGGGCUGCCCCAAUACGCUCUCUGCACUCCAGUUUAAGGGGCGCACCCAAAGAAUUUUCUCGGGAAUGCCCAAACAGACGUUCGCUACCUGACCUAAACAGUCACACGAGGACGCCUACCAGAGUCACCUUUCAGCUUCCGCUUAGUUCUGAGGUCAAGGAGUCAGUAUCCCUCUCCCAUCCUUCUUUUACCUCAUCCUCAUCUUCUGAUGAAGAGGAAGGUUAUUUUUUAGGUGAACCUAUUCCUUUGCCCCCUUUCCUUAGACCCCCUGGAUACACUGCACCCCCUACUCAUGCUCCCACCUCCACUACAAAGAAGAAGAAGAAGAAGAAAGACAAAAGUUGCCUUCUUUCAUAAACCAUAUAAUGGACUGGGCAACUAGUAACCAUAUGGACUUCUGAUCCGGACAAUAUCACCAAGACUAAAGUUUACAUCCCAGUUCAGACGAACCCUUCUACAGAAUAAAGGUGCUACGUUUAAUAAAUGGAAGUCAGAGCUAAAAUAUAUGUGUGAAUGUUAAUACACCAUUUCUGGGUAGAACUUUA